AUGUCCAGCGAGCCGAGCACGCUGGGGACCUCACCCCGGGCCCCACGUCCGGGGACACAGAAGUCAUCUGGAUCGGCGACCAAGAAGGGGGAGCGCGCCGCCAAGGAAAAGCCAGGGCCCGUCCUGCAGCCAGUAGGGGAGGAGGAGUCCAAAAAUCCUGAGGAGUACCAGUGCACCGGGGUCCUGGAGACGGACUUCGCCGAGCUCUGCACCAGAUCAGGCUAUACCGAGUUCCCCAAAGUUGUCGUCCGGCCCCGUCCCCACCAGGCCUUCGUUCCAUCGGCUUCUUUGUCAGAAAAGCCUAACCCAGAUGAGCAGCGGCUGUCGGCAUCCUGUAGCAUCAACAGCAUGGAGAGCAAAUACGUAUUCUUUCGGCCCACCAUCCAGGUAGAGCUGGAGCAGGAGGACAACAAGCUAGUGAAGGAGAUCUACAUUCGCGGCUGGAAGGUUGAUGACCGGAUGCUGGGCAUCUUCUCCAAAUGCCUGCCUGCUCUCAGCCAGCUACAGGCCAUCUACUUGUGGAAGGUGGGUCUCACUGAUAAGACCCUGGCCACCUUCAUCGCCAUCCUACCUCUCUGUUCAUCCACACUCAGGAAGGUGUCUCUGGAGGGGAACCCAAUUCCGGAGCAACCCUAUCACAAGCUCAUGGCAGCAGACAGCACGAUCAUGCAUUUGUCUCUGCGAAACAACAACAUCGACGACCACGGGGCGCAGCUCCUGGGCCAGGCGCUGUCCACGCUGCACAGCUGCAACCGUACCCUGGUGUCGCUGAACCUGGGCUUCAACCACAUCGGUGACGAGGGCGCGGGUUACAUUGCGGACGGCCUGAGGCUGAACCGCUCGCUGCUCUGGCUGUCCCUGGCGCACAACCGCAUUCAGGACAAGGGCGCCCUGAAGCUCGCGGAGGUCCUGCGUCCCUUUGAGCUCACGCACACAGAGGUGGUGGAGCGCCGGCGCCUCCUGCUGGAGAAAGGAUCGCAGGAGCGGUCGCGAUCGCCCUCCUCCUCUAGACAUGGGGACUCCCGCGAGAAGCCUCAGAUGUCGGGUAUCAGCAAUGUUGCACUGGUGGACAAGUCAGAGAAGACACAGGCAGCGAAAACGCCUAAGGGCCUGGGCAAGAAAAAGGAGAAGGCGGGGGAAGUGGUCAAGAAAGAUGAGAAGUCAGGGUCCGGGCAAUCACCCACACAAGGAACUGCUAAGAAAGAAGACUUGGCAAAGUCAGCCAAGGGGAAGGUGACCAUCCCUGAGCAGAAGCUAACUAAAGGAAAAACCAUCAAGACUGGGGGAAAAGAGAAACGCAGCAUCUUUAUGGAGUCGGAGCAGCUGGUUGCUGAAACUACUGAGAUGGUCAACCCUCUCCUGGAGCCUGUGGAACACAGAGACGGGAAGGUUUUCAUGCCUGGGAACAAAGUCCUUUUGCACCUCAACCUCCUUCGAAAUCGUAUCACAGAGGUGGGGCUGGAAGGCUUCCUCACUGUAGUUCGGUACCAGGUACAGUUCUCCAAACAGAAGACUUCUUCGUCCAAGGGCCCAAUGGGGUUGUUAUGGCUGUCUCUAGCGAAAAACUACUUCCACCCACAGUGUCCCGCAUAUGCCAUGAUCCAGGAGCUGAUGCUGCCAAGGGACCCCAUCAAGUCCAAACUCAAGGAGGAGGAGGCCAUUGCUUUCCCUACCUAG